AUGCCACCGGCAAUAUUAGAAGAACCUGAUUCGGAUAUAAUUUCUGAUCCACGUAUUAAUCUCGAAUUGAUUUGUCUAGCAAAAGGUGAUCCAACUCCAAUUUAUACAUGGACUAAAAAUGGACAAUUUUAUGCAAUAAACGCACAAAAUAAUCAUGUUUUUAUGGCAAAUGAUUCCGGUACACUUACUUUUACUCAACCAACAAUUAUCGAUCAAGGAUGGUAUCAAUGUAAUGCAACAAAUAUUUGGGGUACUGCAGUGUCACGUCGAGUUCGUGUACGUCUCGCAGAACUUGGUGUGUUUCCUAUUUAUGAAAGAGCUCAAAUAAUUCAAGUAAGACGUGGUGAUUCAUUAAGAAUUCCAUGUAAUCCACCAACUGGUGUACCCGAUCCGGAAAUUUAUUGGACAGAUAAUGCAAAUAUUGGUGAUCGAUUUGGUUUUCGUGUUGCAAACCCGCGCAUACAACAAGAUUAUGAUGGAAAUCUUUAUUUUCUUAAUGUAAAAGAUGAAGACGAACAAAAACAAUUUAUAUGUAAUGUAUUUUCUCGUAAAUUGAAUAUUAUUCGUCGUGGUACAUUAACAAAAUUACAAGUUAUUCGAUCAGAUCCGAUUGAUCGCAAACCAAUGAAAUUAUGGUCAUCAGAAACAUAUAAAGUUUUUUUAAAAGGACAAAAAUUAUCAUUAAAAUGUAUAUUUGAGGGUUUACCAACACCUGAUGUCAUAUGGAGGAAAAUAAAUGGUCGGAUACCUGAAAGACGCUCUUCUAUUAUUCUAGAGAAACAAGAAUUAGUUAUAAAUGAUCUUCAAUAUGAAGAUACAGGCGUAUAUGAAUGUCGAGGACAUAAUGAAUUGGGCUAUGAUGCAUUUAGUAUUAAUGUUAAAGUUGAAGCUCAUCCAUAUUGGAUAGAAAAGCCAAAAGACGUGUAUGUAACAGAAGGGGAGACAGUUGAUGUUACUUGUAAUGCAGAAGCUAAGCCAGUAUCAAAAGCUACUCAAUGGUUAAUUAAUGGUGUACCAUUACAAGAUAUCAACGUUCCAUACAAUCCACGCCGACUCGUUAUGAAAAAUCGCAUAGUUAUACAAAAUGUAACAAAAUCUGACACAGCUGUUUAUCAAUGUAAUGUUUCUAAUAUACACGGUUAUGUUUUUGCAAAUUUUUUUAUUAAUGUUAUUUCGGAAAAGCCAAAAAUUCAACGUGAACCGGAUGCACUUUAUCGUGUUGUCGAAGGACAAAACAUUAUUUUACCAUGUGAAACAAGUGGUAUACCAUCGCCUAAGGUCUAUUGGUAUAAACGUAAUCAAAUUAUUGCGGGUGCAAGAUAUUCCACAUCAAAAGAUGGAAGUUUAACAAUUCAAGAUGUAUCACUAUUAGAUAGUGGAGUUUAUGUAUGUAAUGCAACAAACAAAUUUGGUUCCGAUAUACGCAAUACAACAUUAAGUGUUAAACAAAAAACACGUAUUCAAACUCAACCAAGUAAUCAACAAGUACGUCGAGGUCAUCAAGCUAUAUUUCGUUGUACAGCUGUUGCUGAUACAUCAUUAACCUAUGAUAUUAAUUGGUAUAAAGAUGGUAACUUAUUGACUUAUACAGGCCGUUUUAUUAAAGACAUAACAGAUCAAAAUACAUUAAAAAUUGUUGAUGUACAAUUCGAUGAUGCUGGUUCAUAUAUAUGUCGUGCAAGUACAGAAUUAGAUUUUGAUGAUGCAAGCGCAACAUUAGUUGUACAAGAUCGACCAAAUAGACCAAAAAUAACUAAAGUUAUUUGUAACGGAUCAACUGAUUCACCAUUUGCCAUUGUUCAAUGGCAAGGAACAGGUGAUAAUAAUGCACGAAUACUCUAUUAUGAAUUACAAUAUAAUACAUCAUUUCAAACAAAUGAUUGGACAUCUGUACCAAUUGAACAACGAAAAGAAUCUUUUAAUGAAGUUCAAUCACCAGAUGGUUCUAUUAAAUUAGAACCUAAAACUACAAUUUUUAAUACAACCCAUAUUCCAUCAAAUCAAAAUGCUUUACGUGUAUCAUUAUCAUGUUGGGCUAAUUAUACAUUUCGCGUUAUUGCUUAUAAUCGUGUUGGUGCAAGUGAUUCAAGUUCUAUUUCUGAAUCAAUGUGUACCACAAAAACAUGUCGACCUAAGAUGAAUCCUAUUGGUGUUAAAGCUUCAACUACACAAUCUAUACCAUUAUUAAUCGAAUGGGAUAGUAUGCCUGCAAUAAAAUGGGGUGCACCAAUGUUUUGGUAUGAAGUUGGUUGGCGUCAAUUUGCUUCAGGCACUGAUUCACAACCAUUUUCAACGCAACUUAUUUAUCCACCACAACAUCAAUUUCCUAUACCAAAUCCAGUAAUGAAUAUGCGAUAUCAAUAUUAUGUUAAAGCAGUCAAUCGACAACCAGAAGCACCCACAUAUGUUCCACGUAAUUUUCGCGUAUUACAAAUGCUUGAUAGUACAACAGUACAAUUCGCAUGGGAUCCACCAUUACCUUCUGAUGAAAUUAACAUUCGUGGCGUUCUUAAAGCUUAUCAGAUUGAAAUAUUUCGACUUGAUGACCCAGCAAAAUCACGUCUUGUGAUAUCUGAUAUAUUACCAAACAAAACUUGGACAACAGUUUUUAAUGCACCACCUAAUGCUGAUGUUGGUGCUCACAUCUGUAUUGAAACAGAACGAUAUUUUGGACCAACAAGUCCUGUUAUUCAAUUUCCUACACGAGAAGGUCGUCCAGGACCAAUAACUAAUUUACGCGGUGUACCCUAUACUAGCAAUGGAAUUUUUUUGCUUUGGGAUCCACCAGAUGAAACAAAUGGCGUUAUAAUUGGUUAUCAAAUUGAUUAUAAACCUAUUGAAAGUAUUGCUUCUCAACCCGGUAUCGAACAUCCUUCAAUAUUACUUCGUGAUGAUACUCGUCGAAAUUAUCUUCUUAGUGGUCUUAAACCAGACACAAAAUAUCGUGUUCAAGUACGAGCACGAACAUCAGUUGGUUUAUCAACAAGUCCAGCUAUUAUUGAACUGACAACAAAUUUAAGUCUUGCUCCAUCGAAACCAACAUUUACAGUAACUCAUCGAGGACAAACAUUUUUUAAUGUUUCUUUUGAUCCAACAAUAAUGACUAUUCCUGGUAGUCUAUAUUAUGUACAAUAUAAAGAAAAUGAUAAAGAUGAUCAAGCUGUUUUUAAAAAGUCUUAUACUGUGUCAAAUGAUCGUACUAUACUUGUAAAUGCACUUGAACCGGAUAAAAUAUAUACAACAAUAUUAGUUGCUGGUGAUGGUAUUCUAGCUGAAACCAAAAGUGAUCCUCAAAUGGUGGCAACACUUAGCAAGGAUCGCACUCCUCGAGUUAUUAGCUCACCUUGGUUCAUUGGUCUUAUUGUUGCUAUAAUUGUACUUAUCAUAGUCUUUGCUAUUGUUUGUGGUAUUAUGAGACGUAAAGGUGGUAAAUAUUCAGUUCAAGAUAAAGAAAUGUUACAUGGUCCGAGUGGAUAUGGAGAUAAUGAUGGAAAAUUUUCAGAAUAUUAUCGAGCACCUAGUGAUGCAUCAAUAAAACAAAGUCGUAUGUCAUUGCAUAACGGUGAUGAUCGUGAUUCAAUGGCAGAAUUUAAUGAUGAAAAAGAUAGAAGUCGUUUUACCGAAGAUGGAUCGUUUAUUGGACAAUAUGGACGGGAUGAUAAGCGACAUACUCAUUUAGUCAAAUAUGAUGAAACUGAUGGUUUUACUAAUGAAUAUCAGAAUGAUGAUCAAGGAAAAUAUUCAUCUCAUUUAUAG